AUGCUCUCUUCUGAGCGUGACUUGGUACUGCGCAUCUUGGAAUACUAUUUCGGAGAGACGGUAUCAAGGAUCGCUGGUCAUCUGUUGUUGAGCGGGCCUAUUACGCUGCACAAAUUAGCAAGUUCCUCUUCAUAUAGCUUUAAGGUCGUUAGAAAUACACUCUUAAUCUUGAUAAAACAUGGAAUCGUGAAUUACGACCUAGAAUCUUCGUCUAUUGGACAUAUUGAUGUGACUCAUGUAUUAUAUUCACUAUCUUGCAACAAUGUACUAUCUCUUUUGUUAAUACCAUAUGUUUUUUUAAUCAGCCAAGAUGAUUUGGAUUCAGAUUCCUCUGAAGUACUUCUCCAGAUAGCAAAGGCUGGCAUCGUAUCACUGGGAAGAGUAAAGAAAGCGCUGAGUAAUAUAGCUGCAGAUGUAAUCGAAGAGUCUAUAUUCAAGUUUUUGGACAAAGGAUUGAUUGUGGUGUGUCAGUCCUUCCAGCAGCGUCAAAAUGGAUUUCAAAAUGGCGAAUCUACAUACAAUACCAACUCUGGAGUCUUGGACAAUCUAGCCAAUAAUAUGUAUACUCUCUCCAGUGGAGCGGGAUUUACCAUGUCAGACUCACAACUCUACAAAAUAAACACAAAAUUUAUUUCAGAGUCUUUGUUGAAGGAGGAAUUGAAACUGUUAAUGUUCAAACGUAUAGGAGGCACAGAAUUGUUGCAUCACGUUUUGGAAGUUUUAAUGAAAAAAGGAACUCAAACAAGUCUUUCUUACAAGGAAAUUGAGUCCAAAGUUAUGAAAUCAGUAAAGACAACAAACGUUAUUGAACCGAACAAAGUGCUAUCAAUACUGACCGGGCUAAAUAAACAUCCAGACAAAUUUGUUCUACAUUCGAUAGAUGAUAGAUCUUACUCCUUUGAUUGGUAUAAAGCUAAGAAUAUGUUAAAGGAACGGGCCCUAUUUGGAUGUAUAAAACAACUAUACGGUAUAAAAGCUGCUAGAAUAUGGACUCUCUUAAUUACUAUUUUCCAAGAAAACCCUACUACAUGCUUGGAUAUAGAAGAAAUAAGCAAGAGAGCAGUGGUAUCCAUACAGAAUGCCAGAGCUAUAUUGUAUCAGUUGACAAUCAAGGGAUUCGCCAAAUUACAAGAACCAGAUUCAAACCAUAAAAUCGCAAACCCAACGGAUAGACAACAGUUUUACUUUACUUCUUCUGUGGAUUCAACACAUUCACAAAUUAUAAAAAACUCAUACAAGUUUGGAUCUAACUUAUUGGAAAGGCUUGUCCACGAGAAAAACUCUAAUUUCAGGCGACACCUAAUGGUUGAUGACAACUCUUUGGACGUCACAGGUGAAGCAAACUGCGGUGUUAUAGAGAUUCAUUUGAUUUACGUUAUAAAGUUUAUAGUGAUAAUGCAGCAAUUACAGACCUUUUCAAAAUCUUGA